AUGGACAUCCAUUUUCUGUACCACGUAUCCCCGCCCCGCCGCGACCCUGUUGGGAAUAAGCUGCACAAAAACGCAGCCUCUCCAAUCAUCAGGGAUAGUGACUGCCUCACAAACAGACCACUGCUUGAGAAGCUGGAGGGCUGUGUGUCUGGUUACCAGGACAUGGCCACCACUGGACCCUACAGGGUGACUGAAGUGAAGACGAACAUCUACGUCACCAGCUUCGGACCGGAAUACACCAUAGAUGUUUUCUUCCGGCAAAGCUGGAAGGAUGAGAGGUUGAAAUUUCAUGGACCAAUGAAUACUUUGCCCCUCAACAACCUAAUGGCAAGUAAAAUAUGGACCCCUGACACCUUCUUUCACAAUGGGAAAAAGUCUGUGGCUCAUAACAUGACCAUGCCCAACAAGCUGUUGAGGAUCAACGAUGACGGGACACUUCUGUACACUAUGAGGUUAACAGUGCAUGCAGAGUGCCCCAUGCAUCUGGAGGAUUUCCCCAUGGACUUUCAUUCCUGUCCACUAAAAUUUGGCAGCUAUGCCUACACCAUCUCAGAAGUGACUUACGCCUGGACUCGAAAUGCGUCAGACUCAGUUGUGGUUGAAGGAGAGAGUUCUCGCCUCAACCAAUACGAUCUGCUUGGGCAAACUGUCGGGCAAGAGACAAUCAAAUCGAGUACAGGACUCUGUGACAGCAAGGACAGGCCCCAGCCCCCUGCCGACCCCAUCAGGAAUAAGUGGAACAGAAAAUAA